CUUUGGUCCGGUUCUAAUCAGUUCUUAUGGUACGUAACUCUUCACGCUACCAGGAAAACGUCCUUGGCCGAAUCCUGGAAGAUUCUGCAACAACUUGAACACUUUUUUAAAAAAGUGACAAAAACGAGAACAGACAGUGACUUACUCAAAGAUUUCCACUUCAGACAAACAAACUGAAGGUAUAUAAAGUCUGUGUUUCCAUCUCUGAGACAUCCUGUGAGCAGAAACUGCUGCUGGAACAGACUCUUCAACUAAUCAUCAAAACAAGAUGGCUGCAGGUCUUGUCUUCACUCUGCUUCUUGGUCUGAGCUUUGGACUCUGGGAUGGAGCUGAUGCCGGAUGUCAAGUGAGAGCUAACACACCACUUGACUGCCCUGCAGGCUGGACUUGGUACAAAGGUCGCUGUUUCGUGUUUGUGAAAGAUAAAAGGAGAUGGAUAAUAGCAGAGAACACCUGCCUUGCAUUUGAUGGAAAUCUGGCCUCAUUCCACAAUAUAGAUGAGUACAACUUCAUCAGACAACUUAUCUACAAUACAGCUAAACAACACACACCAACUUGGGUUGGAGGUCAUGAUUCAACACAGGAAGGCACCUGGAUGUGGAGUGAUGGUUCCAAGUUUGUGUUUCAUAACUGGGGCACGAAUGAGCCAAACAAUAUCCGUGGAAUGGAACACUGUAUGGUGAUCAACUUAGAAGGACAAAAUCAAACAGCAGAUGUAGCCUGUGGCGAGAAGCUUCCCUACGUCUGUGCCAGACCCCUGUAACCUUCUUCUGCCUUUUAAUCUGAAAUGCCCAUAUGCCUUUCCUGCUGGUGAUGUCACUUCCACCUGGAUGUCAAGCCUCGAUGACAUCACUGCUGGAAGAACCUGAUUUCAUUUUAUUUAAAUAAAUGUUUUCUUUCUCUGAAA